AUGAUUUCAACUCAUGAAUUAUAUUCUUCAUCAGAUCAACAGCUACAAAUACCUCGAAGAAAAAAAUUUUCUAUUUGGCAAACAUUUAAACAUCAUAUUCCACAUUUUCUUUUAACUAUUCUUGUUGAUAUUAUUCUUCCACUUAUUACUUAUUUUAUUCUACAAAAAUAUAUUAAACCUGUUUAUGCAUUAUUAGCUGCUGGUACUCCACCACUUUUUAUGGUUAUUUUUAAAGCAAUAUGGUUUUGCACAUUCGAUGCUUUAGGUUUUAUUGUCUUUGUUACAUUUGCUAUUUCUGGUAUUGUAGCUAUUAUAACACGUAAUCCAAUUGUACUUCUAUUAGAAAAAUCUCUUGUUACUUUUAUUCUUUCAAUAAUUUUUGCAAUAACAUUAAUACCAUUUCAUUGUUGUCAUUAUCGUUGUCGUUUACGUCCACUUGCUUAUUAUAUGUAUAAAGAUUUAGUUCCAACAAAUCGAGAAGAAGUUGGAUUACCUGAAAAUAUAUUUCGUGAUGAAGAAGAACAAAUUAAUAAUCAAUAUAGACAACUUGAAGAAGAAGUAUCACGAAAAAUAAUGUCAAAUAAACAAGAAGUUACUCAAGUAUAUGAAUGGUUAUAUAAAAAUUGUUCAUCAUUUCGUAUUUCAUGUUAUAUGAUAACAAGUAUUUGGGCAAUAGGAUUACUUUUAGAAUUUCUUGCUCGAUUAUUUCUUAUUUUUAUUCAUUUACCAAUUAAUAAAAUUGUUCUUUAUGCACAUAUAAUACUUAGUUCAAUAACAAUUUCAUGUAUCAUAUUAACAAUUAUAUGUAUAGCAAUUGAACGAAAAAAAACAUUAUUACUUAUUGAAAAAUGGAAUAUACAUGAACAAGGAAAAAAAUUAUCAGAAAUAAAUCGAUUAUUUGCUGCAAUCAAACAUCAUUCAAAUUCUGUUUUAAAUAUUGAUACACAAAAUAUACUUUAA